ACAUCACUGACCCCACACCACGUGACAGAAAGUGACGCAGCGACAGCAGCGCCAAAAUUCAAAAUCUGACUCCGAGCUGACAUGUAAAUAACAGCAAAUGUAGGAAUAUCACAGACAUUAUGACGAUUCCUCUUCUUCUGAUUCAACAGCGAGUGUUUUGAACUACUAGCAACGAGUCCGGCCGAAGCUUGAAUCGCCUGAAAUCUCGCAGUAAUAUGAAGAGUACCAGUGAACACCAAGGAGCGUUUUCAGUGAUUUGAUGACCAUGAGACGGAGCCCGAGGAGACCCCUGAUCCUCAGAAGAAGAAAGUUGCCCUUUCAGCAGAAUGAUGUGCCACCAGCACCAGCACCACCAGCAGCAGCUGAACCCCAAAGCCAGUGCGGUGCAUCAGGACUGUCCAAAGAACCGGCUGCCGGUCAGCGUUUCCCAGAUGGCAUCCGCAUCAUGGAUCACCCUUCCAUGUCUGACACUCAGGUGGUCGUCAUCCCCAAGACGGCGGACCUUCAGAGUGUCAUCGGGGCCCUCACCGCCAAAGGCAAAGAGUACGGCGUCCAGGGGCCCAACAAGUUCAUCCUUCUCAGCGAGAACGGCAGCGGGGACAAUGGGUCUUUCUGUCGACCCGCUGCUGAAGGGGGUGACGUCUCCACAGUUGGACAACCGGUGGAAACAGACACAAUGAACUCUCCGGAUGUUAAACCUCUCACUGGAAUUAAAGCAUUUAAUAAGGAUCUGGAAUGCGGUCCUUUAGAUGAAAGCCUCACCAAUAUUCAGUGGCUGGGCAGGAUGAACACAUGUACCUUGGAACCAGAUCCCGCCGCGCAGACGUCCAACAAGGAGAACCAGGACUCCAGUUUACAGACACAGGCACUAAAUACACAAAGUGACGCCGAGGCUGUCCAGCAGCCCAUGUCCGAGAGGCCGCCGUACUCCUACAUGGCCAUGAUCCAGUUUGCCAUCAACAGCCGCAACAACAGGAGGAUGACGCUGAAAGAGAUUUACAUGUGGAUCGAGGACCACUUCCCGUACUUCAGAGAGGUGGCCAAACCUGGAUGGAAGAAUUCCAUCCGCCAUAACCUCUCUCUGCACGACAUGUUCAUCCGUGAGACGUCACCAGAUGGUAAGAUUUCUUUCUGGACGAUCCGACCUGAGGCCAAUCGGUGCCUCACUCUGGAUCAGGUGUACAAGCCCGGUUGUGACCCAAUGACCGCUCCUGUUCCGGUGCCAAUGCUUUUAUUAUCUCACCAACCACAAAAGCGGAUGCUUCUAGACACGAGAAAAACACCAACAGGCUCCGAGAGGCGGAUGAAACCUCUCCUCCCUCGAACAGAUUCCUACUUGGUUCCCAUCCAGCUCCCUGUCGCCUCCUCGGUCUAUCUGCCGUCCUCAUCGGCCCAGUUUCCCCCGUCCUGCUCGCAGCAGAAACAGAACACUUCACGGGGUGCCAAGAGAGUGCGGAUAGCUCCAAAGGUGACUCAAAGCGAGGCCCCAGCCGUGGUAAUGUAUCCUCAGAAGAGCAAAGACGUGAAGGACUUCAAGGUGAAGGACGAGCCAGAGUGCGUUCCAAUUAAAUGCGAGACUCCCAAAUCUCUCCCGGAGAGACGAGCCAGCAGCUCUCGGCGCAAGCAGCGCCUCGUUCACUCUCAGCAUGAGGAACCUGUCCUCCUCUGCCCUGAUAACACUUUCUUUGACUCUGGCGUAGCCUCCGAUGCUUCAACUUUCCAGGACGUGCGAGAUAAUACAGAGCUGGAGGCGCACGAGCAGGACCAGGACCAGGAGCAUCGUAGCCCCGAUCGGGAUUAUUCCUUCAAAACCCCCAUAAAAAGUAGCAGCAGCCACCUGACCUCCUCCACACCCAGUAAGCCCCCUUCUAAUGCCCUACCCGAGCCCUGGAAAGUCACCCCCGUGGGCAAAGGGAGCCAAAACGUUCUGGACUUCAGCCCCAUCCGCACGCCAGGCGGACCCGCGGUCACACCGCGACACGACUACACCACCUUCAGCUUCAACAGCACUCCCUUUAAAGACUGGCCUCUGUUCAGCUCCCCCAGAGAGCUCCUCUCCACAUCCGCUGCCCCGUUAAGAGCGACCGGACAAACGGACACUCCCAACAGACGCUCCAGCGAGCUGCUGCAGGCGGGAGGAGGCGCCACGCCCGCCAACCGCUCGGUCACAGAGGGCCUCGUGCUCGACACAAUGAACGACAGCCUGAGCAAGAUACUGGUCGACAUCAGCUUCUCCGGUCUGGACGAUGAGGACUUUGGCAUGGCCAACAUCAGCUGGUCCGAGUUUAUGCCUCAAUUUAAGUAGUGCAUUUCAUUCACGUCCUCUGUUUUCCAAAACACUAAGUUGGGGAAACCUCAAAAACACAGCAAAGCAGAUGCAAACGUUAGAGAACGUUCAAAACAAAUAAACUGAACUUCAAAACUUGAUGAAAUUGUCAUAUUUAGAGGUGAUUUAAGGAGACUGUAGCAACCAGAUCCAAAAGGGACAUUACUGACAUGAACGAACACAGGUAGAUACAGCUAACAUAAUUAGACAUAUCACCGAGAAUAUGAAGCAUGCUCGUCAACACUGGUUUGUUUUUGCCUGGUGAAAGGACCUGAUCAGUUUUUCACCAAAGUAAGAUGUUGCAGCACAGACGUACUCGUCCAUCCGGCUGCUCUGAAUCUUUCAUUUGAACCUUUUUUUUGUAGCUUUAAUCUACCAAAGUGAGCGUUUGAGUUUCUUUUGCAUCUGCUUUGCUUUGUGGAUGAUUCUGGCUGUCGUUGGGAAUAAAAAGUAAAAAAAAAAAAAAAAA